CACUCGUGUGGAAUGCACUUGUCAGAAGUCUGCACAACACGUGGCGAUAUCUUAGACUUGGUCCGUCGCGACUCGCGCGCUACUUUAUUUGCAACUUAAAACUGAUUCUGACGUGGGCAGCUCGGUACAUCAUAGCAGACCUACUUUCGUAUGAUACAUCGUGAAACGCUUGUCUACGACGUGAAACACAUGUGCUCCUUUCAAAGAAGAAGACUCCCAAAAAAAAAAGUCUCCACUUCAACACUAAUCUUCGUAUUACUAUGCAUUACCCUCCUCUCACAAGUCGCACCGGGCAUCGUCAUGAGGCGGGAUGUCCACCCGGAUGUCUAUACGAGGUUUGCCGGUUCUUCGAAGAGUUGGGAUGCUUACCUCCCUCACAAGUUGUCUACGCCUGAUUUCUGCACAAAUAAAAAUCAGCUCGCUCUCGAUUGGUUCAGAGAACUAUACAACAGGCCUGCAGCUAUAAUGCCAGCACGGUGCGACUCUGCCCGCAGGGUUGGGAACAUAGGCGACGGGGGCAAGUACGUUUGCCUCAGUCCCUUGCAAUCACACCGCUGCGUCGUUUACUCGCUGGGCUCCAGACUUGACUUUUCCUUUGAGCUAGCAUUGCAGAAUAUGACAGGGUGUGAAGUGCACACGUUCGACUGCACAGUCGGGGUCCCAGGAUCUGGGGUGGUCCCAGAAGGGAUAAACUUUCACCCCUGGUGUGCUGGCCCUCACGAUGAGAUAAAAUUCAUCUCCAGUGACCUAGGACACACCGGGGAAAAAGGGCAAUAUUACACUCUACAAAGUAUCAUGAAUAGUCUUGCCCACGACUCGAUCGAGCUGCUGAAGAUGGAUAUCGAGCGACACGAGGUGGAAGUGAUAUCCACACUCGCGAAACACACCGCACCGAGUCAACUAGUAUUCGAGACACACUUGCACAAUGCAUAUGGGAUGUGGGGUCGCCCGGUGAACCCAAAUGAAUGGAACAGCAUUUGGUCGCGGCUUGAAAGUCUUGGCUACGGCGUAUUUAGUUACGAACCCAAUGAUAUUUGCCUAUGUUGCUCCGAAUGGUCCUUGCUGCGAAACUAACAUGUCAUGUGUCGCAAAGAAACGCUUUAAGGAGCUUAAGGUAGUCCUCCACGUAAUUCGAAAAAAGACAGAAAAAAACGUACUCGUGACUGAAAAAGCAUACAAAAGUGUACGCGCGAGCACCCGCUCGCGAAACCUAUCUCCUCCGCGCGCGUUGUACGUCUGCGCGAGAAACUUUGCACGAUGACUGUACAGAAUAAAGGCAUGCGCACAAUCGCACGUCGGAGUUGUUUUUGAGUUUUCGCGCGAAGAAAAUAUAUACCUUGCCAAGAAUCGCGAUUCGCGACGAUCGCGUACCGCUCUCGCGGCAGAGAGCAUGAACGCGAAAUCCCCGACGUACGAUGUUCGGCGUUGAUGCCUAGAACGCGAUGGUGCAAAAAAAAAUCGUUUUGAUCUCAUUCGAGGAAGGAGAUAGGUUUCGCGUCGUGGAUCAGCUUUUAAGAAUUUGCUUCAUCGUGCC